AUGAGUGACAUAAAGGAGUCCAGUUAUGAAAUCAACCUUAGACCUACAGAACCCAGCAACUCCAAAAAAGCCCACAACCCCAGAACCUUAGACCUACAGAACCCAGCAACUCAAAACCCACAACCCCAGGACCUUGAACCUACAGAACCCAGCAACUCAAAACCCACAACCUCAGGAACCUUAGACCUAGAACCCAGCAUCUUAAAGACCCAAAGAAUAGAACGUUUGACAAAUAGAACCCAGAGCUUUAAGGGCCGAAGAAAAGAACCUACAGAACCCAGUAUCUUAAGACCCAAGACCAGAACCUUAGACCUACAGAACCUUAGACCUACAGGACCCAGCAACUCAAACCCACAACCCCAGAACCUUAGACCUACACAGAACCCAGCAACUCAAAACCACAACCCCAGAACAGCAGACCUACAGAACCCAGCAACUCAAAACCCACAAACCCCAGAGACCCAGACCUACAAGAACCCAGCUCAAAACCCACAACCUCGAACCUUAGACCUACAGAACCCAGCAACUCAAAAACCCACAACCCCAGAACCUUAG